UGCGACCGUCACGGAGGCAGACGUCGUGCAACUCGAGCAGGUUGUCGUUUCUGAGGACUCCAUGAGCGACAAGGACUAUGUUCCUUCUGAUGCUGGCAUGGGUGACACGGAGACUCAGCCUAAUCUCGUUGAGGCGCCGACCACAUCUGUGGCGGCGAUGUCAGCGCCGGAGGAGAGUGGACAAGGGUUGACUCGUCCGAAGUCUACGACACGCAUUGGUUCGGAGGACGGAGAGGUUGAGAGGGGGUCCCACGGGGAAACAGGCGUUGGCGAGGACAUGCGGCGGGAUCUGGCACGGACAUUGACCACGGAUGGUGCCGUGCCGGGUGGCAGAGACCACGAACACAGAGGGUCAUCGACCGCACAGCCUGGGGAUGGCGGGCCCACGCAGGCACGUGUUGGAGGCGAGCACGCAGUAGACGCCCGUCCGCAUCGUAUGGCAAUGCGUUCAUCACCCCCGCACCCCCAUGGCGUCGACCUUGCCGCCCAGGGUUUGGGCGCGAGCACCGCAUUGCCGACGGUGUCGUUCUAUGACGGCGUGACUAGGGAUCGGAGGGCAGGCGACGAGGCACAUGCAUCAGCAUGUGGACCGACAGAUGUGCCUGCAGGGAUGCGAUUCAUAGGCCGCGUCGAUGGUGCAUGUCACGACUCCAUGAGAGCAUACGAAGAGCGACACGGGAGGCCUAUGAGGGGCAAGACAUCGGAUGUCCACGACACGAGGACGGCAACUGCGAGGUUAUCUCGGGCGAGGAAGAAGUGGACAAUUACUUCGAUUCCAUAUCACCGUCGUCGUCAUCUGCCUGCUUUCCACGCUAGAGAUCUGAGCAGACAGAUUCCGGCAAAUGUCGGGCCAGUGGCGGACGGAGGGACAGGCGUCGGAGGAUCAGCAGCCAUUGAGCGGAGAUCCGAGCUUGGGCAUGACGCACUUCACGGCAGUGCAGCACGAGCAGACCUGAGACGUGACGGCGUCGACCAUGCAGGGCGAGUCAAGAAGAGACGAGGCGAUGUGGUCAUAUACCAUGACGACAGUUCCACAACCGUGGAGGCUGGCGAGACCACAGGUGCCGACGAUCCGGGUGACUCCGAUUACGUUCCUAGGAGGUCAGCGACAGAUGGAGAUGAUGGCAGAGGUCGACGUGUCAGGCAGAGGACAGGGCUGGCCAUGCACGGCCAGGGCACACCAUCGGCCCCUGUACUGGUUGUUGAUCGACGGGCGCAAGCUCAAUCUGUGUUGACCGAACUGUAUCAUUACCGGUCUGAUGUGUGACAGCUCGCAUCGUUGUGGCGGGGGGGCGGGGGGGGGGGGGGGGGGGCUACAGGGAGGGUUUGGGUUAUGAGGGGCCUGUAAAUAGUUCGGCGGAAGUGAGAUUUCAGAGAAACCAAGGGCGAACUCAAAGCACACAAAACACUCAUCGUCUGAAAACAGAAACAUCACAAAUGACAAGAUGUAAUGAUCGAAGCAAAACGCAAACCAAUAUAGCAUGGAUAAUAGCAAAAAUAUGACACAUCGUGUCGAAGCCCCGCCAGUUUGUGCAAAGAAGCACCAACCCAAAAAUGCCGACGAAAAGUACAAUAAAAUACACUGGAAAGC